CCGUGCAGAAUAACAAUAUUGUUACAUACGUCACUCUUUAAACGUACAGUGUAUAAAUACGUUAUAUAGAAUGUUUUAUUUGAUAUACGAAUAUUACAAUGUUAUAUUUGAUUUGUGAUGUAACGCAGGUCUUUCCCGUAAAAAGUAUCAGAGGCAGAAUGUUUUUUCUUGAUGUGUUCUUUACAAGACAGCCAUGUAGUAGAAUAUAACUAUAUUAUAACUCAUUUUGUUAUGCGUAUUAUAAAUUUAUGAUUGUCUAGCGAUUAAUUGUAACGAAUGAGUUAUAGUAUAAAUUAACUUGUAUUACUUUUUUUAAUUUUGCAUAUAAUGUAAAAAAAGAAAGAAAGAAAUAAAAUAUGUGAAAUGGCAAUUAUACUUGAAAUUUUUUUUAUAUCGCGCAGCUAUUAUCCUAUUACAAUUUCCUGAUUCUUUUAUUCAUUUUAGCUUUGAGAGUCUCAUUAAUGUGUAAUGUGUAUUAUAUGUUUCAAUGCAAAAAUUUUAUUCAAUUUAAAAUAGUUACGAAAUAAUAAUACGCAUUAUUUCUUAUUUAUAAUUUUUUUUUUCAUUCCAUUUCUUAUACAUUCAUUCACUUGCUCGCAUAAUUGCUUCAAGUGAGAUACGCUGAAACAAUGAGAAAAAAAGAUUUAUUCGUAUCAUAUACAGAUAAACGCGAAUCGCGCGUAGGAGAGGAAAACCGAAAUGAGAAGCAGGAUGACAGAAAGGAAGGGGAAGAGGGGGAUCCAGCGGUCCCGCGAUUCGCCGCUGGCUGAUACGGAUCGCAGCGGGUAAGAUGGACCAAAAUGGACGCAACUGGAUGAAGGGAGACUUGGGAAGAGACUCGUGGCUCGCCGUGGACACUGGGCACACGGCGAUGGCGUAGAUAUAGUUAUCCGCAAAGUGACAAAGUCCUCGCCCGCGCGUGAGCGCCCCUCGGUCGCGAGAAUGUCGUGCCGCGACCCCGACAACCUGAUGAUGAGCACGAGCGACGACGAGAGCUUCGACUACCUGUUCAAGAUCGUGCUGAUCGGCGACUGCGGCACGGGCAAGACCUGCGUGGUGCAGCGCUUCAGGUCCGGCACGUUCGUCGAGCGCCACGGCAACACCAUCGGCGUCGACUUCACCAUGAAGACCGUCCUCAUCGACGGCAAGAGGGUCAAGCUACAAAUAUGGGAUACCGCGGGACAGGAGAGAUUUCGGACGAUAACUCAGAGUUAUUACAGAUCUGCAAAUGGGGUGAUCGUAGUUUACGAUAUUACGAAGCGAUCGACGUUCUUAAGUUUACAACGUUGGGUGGAAGAGGUCCGGAGGUACUCGUCGUCGCACGUGUUACUAGUAUUAGUUGGUAAUAAAUGCGACCUGGAGGAUCUACGAGAGGUGAAGAAAGCCGAGGCCGAAGCCUUAUGCCAAUAUCUGCCUGAAGUUUUGCACGUGGUGGAGACCUCAGCCAAAGAUAACACAAAUAUAGACUCCAUCUUUUUCUUUCUGGCAUCGGAACUUAAGAGACGACACGAUAAUCGCCAGAUUAGCGCGAGCGAGGACGAGAUAGUGAAGCUCGGCGUCGGUCGAGAUCUGUCUUCUUGUUCAGGCUGCUCGCAUAAAAUAUUUUAAAUCGUUUGAUAUAUUUUUUUUCGGGGCACUACUUCCGAACGACCGAAUCUGAAACGAGUGCCUAGUGAUAAGAUAAGAGGCAGUCGACGAAUGUGACAUCGCGUGAUUUCCCUUCCGCAUCUGGAAGUUUCAAUCUCACGGUUUUUAAAAUGAUAAUUGAGAAAGAUAGAAAUUGUUAUUACGAUUUAUCGCGAAGGAUUUAUCUAAAAUAUCGUGUAAAUCUUAUCACGUUUUUACACAAAUUUCACUGCCCCUCUGUCUUAUUGUAGCGCGCGAUACAAAGUAGAAUACACGCGCGCUCAGUGCGAUUCUAUCGGUACAGCAGAAUGAUAUUCAGGUGCCAAGUUCAAGAUAUUAUCUCUCUAUUCGCGACGGGAUGGAGUAGCAUCCACUGUUCGUAUCUCGAGAGAAACGCGAAUCUCACGAUAAAGAUCUACUAUUUAAGAUAAGAUGGCUCAUUUCACUGCUCCGAAAAUUUCUGCUGUUCCGGGAAGAGCGCAUAUGUUAUAUUUUUCUAUGCGAUUUUAACAGAAACGUACAAAUACAUAUACACACUUACGCAUGCAUACACACGUAUAUCGAUACUGCGGCGACCUGAGGAGUGUUCUAGUGCCUUAAAACGUCACACGCUAAACGCACAGACAUUCG